UUCACAUUCGUUCAGAAACCCUCGAGGCUACAUUUCGUAAUUGUCCAUAGACUUUAGAAGGAGGAGAGCCCAGAAUCAAAUUACAAAUUGCUCUCCUAGCUAAAGCUAUGUUUUGAAAACUGCCUAAAAUAUGAAUCUUACUAUCUGCUAACACUAUUCUAGUUUUUGUAACAUUUUCAAUUGUAAAUUUUGUUCGACCACCUUUUCCUGCCAGCCUUCCAAUUGCCCUGGACUGGUGGUCACCUUUCAACGUCUUGACAUCCUUUAUUUCAAAGGAUUCUACAAAUAAAUCAUCCAAACGAAUUAAUGCUAGUGCAUCUUCGACUUCAAAACCGUAUAUAAAAGCCUAAAAAAUAAAAUACAUUAUUUAUUUAAUAUUAACUCCAGGACUUUUGAGGCUUACUUUUACGAAAUCUGCUGCUUUUUGCAAAUUAGCAAUAUCUUUAGUUUCUUUACAAGUCUUAAUUUCAACGUUUCUCGUUUUUAAGUUGAACCGAACUUGAAGCUGAAGAUGUUCCACGAUAGGAGUGAAUAUUUUCAACCAAUUUUCUUUCAAUGGAGAAUAACGAUGAGAUGGAACAGGAAUCUUCCUGGUAUCGUCACUAUUAUCUGAAAAUGAUUGGUUCCUGGAUCUUUUUUUCUUCGGCGGUCUAACUUUGUUAGUUCCCUCGAUUCCAUUGUGUGUGUCUACAUCCAUAGUUUCCACGACCAUUGCUCUUUUAGAGGCUUUCUUGGGCUCGAAGAGAUCAGUAUCUAUAUUUACUUCCGACAUUUCAAUAUUUUUUAGUAAAAUAUUCGAAUUUGAUUACAAAUUACAAUAACAUAGCAGCAUGCUCUAACAUAACCUAUAAAAGAACGAUUAAAUGUCACUGUCAGAAAUAAGUUCAAAAUUGGUCUCUGACAUAUUGAAUAAUCAGUUAAAAUUCUUCUUUUUUUAACAAUACUCCAUCAAUAAUUCAUAAAAAGUAUUUAUCAAACUUUUUAUUAAAAAUUAUUUAAAAACCAAUCCGUUUAAAUUAGCAUUCAUACUGUAUACCUAGAUGACAAUAAAAUAACAAAAAUAUUUGCAUUAUCAUGUAUCAAAGUGCUUGAUAAAAAAAAUGGUAAUAAAUGAACUUUGAACUCUAAAUCCAUUUGUAUUUUUUAACAACAGAAAUCUAUAGAGAAAAAAUUAUGUCUUUGAAACGUUUGACUGGAAGAAUUGCAGUGGUGACAGCAUCCACAGAGGGUAUUGGCUUUGCAAUAGCCCAAAGACUCGCCGAAGAAGGGGCCAAAGUAAUAAUCAGCAGUCGAAAGCAAAAGAAUGUGGAGAAAGCCACUCAACUGCUCUUAGGCAAAGGACUGGACGUAACAGGUUUAACGUGUCACGUUGGCAAACAAGAAGAUAGACAGAGGUUGUUCGAAGAGGCCAAGAAGAAAGGCGGGCUGGAUAUAUUGGUAUCUAAUGCGGCUGUGAAUCCUGUGGUUACUCCCGUUCUCGAUUGCCCGGAGGAAUCCUGGGAUAAAAUUUUCGAUAUCAACGUUAAGUCGUCCUUUCUGUUAGCCAAAGAAGCCCUGCCUCUGCUUAAAUUAAGCAAGGCUGGAAGGAUUAUCUUCAUUUCUUCCAUUGCCGGGUUUCAACCCUCUGAAUUUCUAGGCGUUUAUGGCGUUACAAAGACUACAUUACUAGGAUUGGUCAAAGCAGCAUCCCUACAAUGCGCUCGUGAUAACAUCACAGUUAAUUCCAUCUGUCCCGGUCUUAUAGAAACAAAAUUUUCGGACGCAAUAACAUCAAACGAAGAGAUUUUAAAAACUGCUUUACCGAGCAUACCUUUGCAGAGGGUUGGUAAGCCUGGUGAUAUAAGUGGAGCUGCUGCAUUUCUGGCCUCUGAUGACGGAGCUUAUGUAACAGGUGAAAACAUUGUUAUAUCAGGAGGAAUGACUUCUAGAUUGUAAAAAAUUAUCUUAAUCCGGUGCAAGGAAAGGGGAAUUGAAAUAUUGUCUUAAUAAAAGUCAAGAAAAUACAAGAAAGUAAUUCAAAUUCGUAAAAAUAAUUUCUUCGACAUAGAAGUGCUUAUAAAUUAAUUUUUUAGACUAUAUACAGUUACUUACAAAGCUAUUGAAUGCAAUUUAAAACACGUAUUGCUUGCACAACGCUCUUAAAAACGUGCUCUUCCUCAAAUUACUCGCCUCUCUCUGAAUCUCGUCAUUAUUACUCGAAUUCAGCUCCAGCAUCGCAAUGACCUGUAUGGCGCACUUUCGCCUCUGGAACUCCCCCUUCUUAUUGUGCAUAUUUAUCAGAUAUUCCAAUAUGCUCGUGUCCCAGAAGCAGUGAUAGUAAGCGUCUACAGCGUCGCUACACGACUUUUGUUCAGACAAGGUUCGAAAGGCCAAAGUGUAGUCUACGUCCUCCAAAAAUUGACACAAUACGGCCGCUUGUGUAUUGCAACCGAGGGCAAUACAGCAUUUUAUCAUCCUCCUAAAAACGUGAUCGUCGUUUCGAAUCGGUAUGUUGAAAUAGUCGUGCGAUACUAGCAGGGACUUCAGAUAGUCACUGAGAGAAACUUGAUAAUGUCCG